CUUCUCCUUAUAUUCAUCAGAAUCAUGUCAAUCAACCCCUUAAAGAGAAAGAAACUCUCUCUCUCUCAUCCUUCAUUUCUCCAUUAAACUCUUUUAUGUCUCAUGCGUUUCUCUAAGCACCAACUCUUCUUCUAACUCCCUCCAAAGAGAGAGAAAGAGAGAGUGUGCAACAGAAAAAUGGCAUCUGGGUUUUCCGGUGGUGGCGCAGAUUUCUACUCCGGCAUGGCAGGUAGAUCCAUAACUAGCAUGAAUCCAAACAACCCCUCUCAACCUGGAUACAGAAACCAACUCUCUCAAAUUUUUCUAGACCCAACCUCACAGAUCGCUCAGCACCGAGCAACCUCUACCAACUUGACGACACAAAGCUUAAUCGGCAAAAGAACGCUCGCCGAUUUCCAAGCACAACAACACCAACAGCAACUGCAACAGCCAAACCUAAACCCGGCACUAAAUGGUCUCCUUCUUAGGUCGGUAAAGCCCAGGAUGUAUCAACAUACCUCCCCAAUUUCCACCCUUUCUCCAAUAGAAUUCUCCACUAACAUAUCUCCAGAAUUACCUCCCUUGUCUCAGCGUUACGGUAUGCCUCUUCUUCAACAACUCAGACCUCAGCCCAUCAAUCUUGGGCCCGGACACACCAUUCAUUCAGCCAACGUUGCCUCUCAUGCUCUACCUUACAUGAACACGCUCCAAAAUCAAAACAGAGGUGGAGGUUCUAUUGCAGGACAAGAAUCUAAAAAGAAGAUGAUGAAUCGACUGCAGGAGCUAGAGAAGCAGCUUCUAGAUGAUAACGAGGAAGAGGAAGGCGAUGCGGUUUCGGUGAUUACUAACUCUAACAGCGAGUGGUCUGAAACAAUACAGAAUCUCAUCACUUCUUCAAGUCCCAACCCUAUUUCCCCAUCACCUACUUCGUCAUCUUCUUCUUCAUCAACAUCGGUGACCACUCCUGUCCCCAAUUGUUCAAAACAAUCGCUAUUGGACGCUGCUUCCGCCAUUUACGAAGGCAAAAUCGACGUUGCCGGUGAGAUCCUGACGCGGGUCUCUCAGGUCUCAAACCCGAGAGGAAAUUCUGAACAUAGAUUGAUGGAGUACAUGUCGAUGGCGCUCAAAUCGCGGGUUAAUUCAGUGGAUGCUCCACCGCCAGUGGCUGAGCUAUACAGCAAGGAACAUCUCGCUUCGACUCAGUUGCUUUACGAACUCUCUCCUUGUUUCAAACUUGGGUUUAUGGCUGCUAAUCUCGCAAUUCUUGAGGUCGCAGUCGACCAACCUAACAGCGGCAACGGGUUUCAUGUUAUUGAUUUCGAUAUAGGCCAGGGAUGCCAGUACAUGAAUCUGUUGCACGCGCUAUCUGAGCGUCUGAAUGGGAAGCCCGCCACUGUCAAGAUCACGGCUAUUGCUGAUAAUGGAGGGGAAGAGAAAGAGAGGUUGAAGGCGGUUGGUAGUACGCUGAGUCAACUCGCCGAACAGUUUGGGGUGUCUUUACGUUUUAACGUUGUGAGUUGUAAACUCGGUGAGCUGAGUCGCGAGUCAUUAGGUUGCGAGCCCGAAGAGCCUUUGGCUGUUAAUUUUGGAUUCAAUUUGUAUCGAAUGCCUGAUGAGAGCGUCUCUACCGAAAAUCCCCGAGACGAACUUCUGCGGCGCGUCAAGGGAUUGGGGCCGCGCGUGGUAACCCUGGUAGAGCAAGAAAUGAAUACAAAUACGGCGCCGUUCAUGGCGCGCGUAAAUGAAGCGUGCUCGUACUACGGGGCACUGUUUGACUCAAUCGAGUCCACAGUACAGAGGGAUAACUCAGAGCGAGUGAAGGUGGAAGAAGGACUGGGUCGGAAACUCGCCAACUCGGUUGCUUGCGAAGGUAGGGACCGCGUGGAAAGAUGCGAGGUGUUUGGGAAAUGGCGGGCCCGGAUGGGAAUGGCUGGGUUCGAGUUGAAGCCAAUGAGUCAAAGUGUGGCCGAGUCGAUGAAAGCGAGACUGAAUUCAGGAACCCGGGUGAACCCGGGUUUUACUGUUAAAGAAGAGAAUGGUGGGGUUUGUUUCGGUUGGAUGGGAAAAACACUCACAGUCGCAUCCGCUUGGCGUUAACUUUACUCUCUCUCACUUUCUUUCUCUAAUAUUAUUAAUUGUUAUACUAGUAUUUUUACCUUUUCCUGAGAAAAUGGAAAGGCAAAGGAAGGAAAAAAAAAAAAAAAAAAAAGGAAAUAAUAAAAUUGAGUGAUUUGAAUUAAGAGGAAAAAUGGAAAAUUCUUUGCGGUGCAUUUAUUAUUUUAAUUUUGGUGUAGUUUGUGAGGUGUUUGGUAUAUGGUAAGUAGCUGACUUGUGAUGUGGAAAUGGUAAUGGGUUUACGCUAAUAAUAAAUUAAUAUUAACGAACUUUCAAAUAUUAUUAUUUUAAUUUUUAA